AUGUCCUGCUACGACCUGUGCUCCACCGCUGGCUCCGGCGUCCUGCGGCCCCAGCCCCUGGCUGACAGCGGGAACGAGCCGUGUGUCCGCCAGUGCCCCGACUCCACCACCGUGAUCCAGCCUCCCGCCGUGGUGGUCACCUUCCCCGGCCCCAUCCUCAGCUCCUUCCCGCAGGAUUCCGUGGUGGGAUCGGCUGGAGCUCCCGUCCUUGCAGCCUCUGGGGCCUCCCUGGGCUACGGGGGCUAUGGGUCCCUGGGCUACGGGGGAUUUGGAUCUGGCGGAUAUGGGGGAUUUGGCUAUGGGGGUUAUGGGGGUCUCUAUGGAUAUGGGGGUUCCUCCCUGGGCUAUGGGGGUCUGGGCUCCUUUGGGGGUCUGGGGUCCUGUGGGGGGUUCCGGGGCCUGUAUGGCUCUGGCAGAUUCUUUGGCUCUGGCUACUGCAGCCCUUGGUCUUUCCGCUCCAGCCGCUCCGGCCGCGGCAGCUGUGGCCCCUGCUAA